UGUCUCUGCCUCUCCAGCACUGGAAUGAUGGGUGAAACAGCCCUUUUUACCCCUUUUUACGUGGGUUCUGGGGAAUCAGAGUCAGGCCCUAAGCUCUUAACCCACUGAGCUAUCUUCCCAGCCCUGGGCUGUGUGCACAGCCACAGAAACCAGUUCUUUACAGUUUGACAGUGAGAGAUCUUACUUGUCUGUUCACUGAGGUCCCCUUGGGGGCCCACUAGCUUUCUGCCCUCUUCCUGCUUUGAGAUGUGUCCCUAGACAGUGCCUGGGUCAGAGAAACCCUGAGUCAAGCUGGGUGUAGCCACAAGUGCUUAGAAGGAAGCCUCUACCAUCAUCCGGAUGGUUCUGCUGCACAGAACACCCAGAUACUCAGGGAGUGGGGUCCCCAACAUGGUUCCCACCUUUUUGGGAUCUUAAAAAAAAGUCAUCUUUUUUUCCAAGUCCCAAGACUAUCACUGAUUCUUUACCUCUGGCUAGCAUCCAGCUGUCAAACCGGUGCUUUCUGUUUCCUGCCUGAGUACUGCCUUGAUUUGCCUUGUUUGAACAGCUACUUUAAUUUUUUCUCUUUGGGAUCCCUUCUAGUGAUAAAUACACGUCUCGUUUUAUUUGGAUUUCUCAUAGAGAACAGCAGGGAGGGUUAGUGAGCUCUGCCUUGAUUGUUCUUCACUCUGUACCUGGUUUGAUGGUGGUGUUUGUUGUUGUUGUUUACUUCUGGAGCCCCAGUCCUCCAACCCUUUUCAUUGUCUGCUGACACCUAUGUGCAGUUGGCUGGCAGUGCAUUUGCUAGUGUGCUAGUGCAGGCUUCACCCUGCACAAACGCUGCUUAUGUGGUAGCUCCCUGCCAAUGAUAAAUUUAUUAAAUAACAUCCUGGAGAACAAUGGUAAAGUGUCUAUGGGGAGGGAAGACUUUAUUCUAAACGUGCAUAAGGUCACCUUAAGACUCAGGCUAGGGUUGUUAUCACCUGGCUGAGCUGCCUGCAACUUGGAGUCACCUUGAUGCCACCCUAGGCCUGCAACCAUGAGAUUGGCUUUCUGUCCUAGGCACUUAUCUUGUGGUAUAACACCUAGACUCGACCUUCUAAUGCCCAAAGCCCUCUAGACUCCGUUCUUGCCCUGUCUCCCCUUGGCCACCAGAAUGGAUCUAAAUAGAAGACACCUGAGCCAUGGACACCUGCCCCCUUUGCUCACUAAUCCUCUGGGCCUUACCACAGCAAGGCCUGGCCUUGAGGCCACCUGUUAUCAGGCCCCUGCCAUGACUUCACUUAUACAGACUUUGUGCAUUCUGUUUCCUCUGCUCUGUAUGCCUGGGGAACUCCUAAGCACCCUGCAAAGCCUGCCUCAAGCCACAGCCCGCCCUAGCCCAACAGCAGAGUCAAGUGUAUAGGCCUCCCUUGCCCGAUUCCUCAGGCGCUGCUUGCCGACUUCUGUGGGAUCCUUUGUCGUCAGGAUGGCCGCCACUCUCAGCCUCGACUCGCCAACACCCUGCACUGCGGCUGGCAGCUAGCAAGCAUUCCAGAACGCUCUCUACACAGUGAAUAAUAAGUGACGCCACCUUUGACACAGUGCUGGUGGGUUUGUGGUUUGGAUGCACAUCCUCGCAUUCAGGAGGAGUGAACCACCUCAGUGUGGUUCAUUCCCAGAUUGCAGCUGGGCCCAUAAGCCUGUCCCGGCCCCUCUGUGCCUUCUUGACCUUCUUCACCUUCCCAGUUGGAGCAGAGAGCCUGGCCUGGCUCUCAGAGCAUCUUCAGGGCAAGGCAAAUGUGCAAAGUGGUCGGGUCUGGAGACAUCUGUACUUCAGUUACUCCUCUGCCUUGCUGACUGCCCUGGUUUUGCUGGCUUGGAGAACUCUCUCAGUUUUGGAAGCCUGGCCAGUCUGAAGGGCCUCUUGGGCAAGACCCUGGGCAGAACUGGGGCCUGAGCCACAUAGGCAGCCUACACACCAGGCAAGUCUAUGGCAAAUGGCCCUGGCUUGCCAGCUCUGGGGAGGGUAGAGGGAGGGCCACCUUCUGCUGGGUAAACAUGGUGUCCAGGCCUGCCCAGGCACGUCCCUGGCUCUUUCUGUUAAAGACACAGGACAGCAUUUCAUUUCACCAAGGCUGGAGUUGCUGGAUGGCAAUGAGAAAUGACAGGACUCAGACAGCAUAGAAUCCACUCAGCAUCUCCUUCACCACAGCCUCCCUUCCCCAACAUCACAAUAGCCUUGAGUUGUGAUCGACUGGCAGGAGCCCUAGCAGGAGGAUGGACCUUGAGUGAAGUGGAAGAGCUGUGAGUGGCUGGCCAGCACAGGAACACUAGUGUCUCUCGGCUCACUGAGGCUGGACCACGUUCAUGGCUCUCGGGUAGGACCCAGCGAAACGGCCAGAAUGAAUUCUAUGGACAGGCACAUCCAGCAGACCAAUGACCGUCUGCAGUGCAUCAAGCAGCACUUACAGAACCCCGCCAACUUCCACAAUGCUGCUACAGAGCUGCUGGAUUGGUGUGGAGACCCUCGAGCCUUCCAGAGGCCCUUUGAGCAGAGCCUCAUGGGCUGCCUGACGGUUGUCAGCCGUGUGGCUGCCCAACAAGGGUUUGACCUGGACCUGGGCUACAGACUCUUGGCUGUGUGCGCUGCAAAUCGAGACAAGUUCACCCCCAAGUCUGCUGCCCUGCUGUCCUCCUGGUGUGAAGAACUUGGCCGCCUGCUGCUGCUGCGACAUCAGAAAAGCCGCCAGAACGACCCCCCUGGGAAACUGCCCAUGCAGCCCCCCCUCAGCUCCAUGAGCUCCAUGAAACCCACUCUGUCGCACAGUGAUGGGUCAUUUCCUUAUGACUCUGUCCCUUGGCAGCAGAACACCAAUCAGCCUCCCGGCUCCCUCUCCGUGGUCACCACGGUGUGGGGAGUGACCAACACAUCCCAGAGUCAGGUCCUCGGGAACCCUAUGGCCAAUGCCAACAACCCUAUGAAUCCAGGUGGCAACCCCAUGGCAUCAGGCAUGAGCACCAGCAACCCCGGCAUCAACUCCCCACAGUUCGCAGGGCAACAGCAACAGUUCUCUACCAAAGCUGGCCCUGCACAGCCCUAUAUCCAGCCCAACAUGUACGGCCGACCUGGCUACCCUGGUAGCGGGGGCUUUGGAGCCAGUUACCCUGGGGGUCCUAGUGCCCCAGCAGGCAUGGGCAUCCCUCCACAUACUCGGCCUCCUGCUGACUUCACCCAGCCAGCGGCUGCUGCUGCAGCAGCUGCAGUAGCAGCCGCCGCCGCCACAGCCACAGCCACAGCCACAGCUACAGUGGCAGCCUUGCAAGAGACACAGAACAAGGAUAUAAACCAGUAUGGACCGGUGUGUUCCUCUUUCCAGAUGGGUCCCACCCAGGCGUAUAACAGCCAAUUCAUGAACCAACCCGGGCCUCGGGGGCCUGCCUCCAUGGGGGGCAGCCUGAACCCUGCCGGCAUGGCAGCUGGCAUGACACCCUCGGGCAUGAGCGGCCCUCCCAUGGGCAUGAACCAGCCCCGACCACCCGGCAUCAGCCCCUUUGGCACACACGGGCAAAGGAUGCCCCAGCAAACCUACCCAGGCCCCCGGCCCCAGUCCCUUCCUAUUCAGAGCAUAAAGAGGCCAUACCCGGGAGAGCCCAACUAUGGAAACCAGCAAUAUGGACCAAACAGCCAGUUCCCCACCCAGCCAGGCCAGUACCCUACCCCUAACCCCCCAAGGCCACUCACAUCUCCCAACUACCCUGGACAAAGGAUGCCGAGCCAACCCAGCACCGGACAGUACCCACCCCCCACAGUCAACAUGGGGCAGUAUUACAAGCCAGAACAGUUUAAUGGACAGAACAAUACCUUCUCCUCCGGAAGCAGCUACAGCAGCUACAGCCAAGGGAGCGUCAACAGGCCUCCCAGGCCGGUUCCUGUGGCGAAUUACCCCCACUCACCCGUUCCAGGGAACCCCACUCCCCCCAUGACUCCCGGGAGCAGCAUACCUCCCUAUCUGUCCCCCAGCCAAGAUGUCAAACCACCUUUCCCACCUGAUAUUAAGCCAAAUAUGAGCGCUCUGCCACCACCCCCAGCCAACCACAAUGACGAGCUACGGCUCACAUUCCCCGUGCGGGAUGGCGUGGUUCUGGAGCCCUUCCGCCUGGAGCACAACCUUGCUGUCAGCAACCACGUGUUCCACCUGCGGCCCACGGUUCACCAGACGCUGAUGUGGAGGUCAGACCUGGAGCUGCAGUUCAAGUGCUACCACCAUGAGGAUCGACAGAUGAACACCAACUGGCCAGCCUCCGUUCAGGUCAGCGUCAACGCCACACCCCUCACGAUCGAGCGGGGAGACAACAAGACCUCCCACAAGCCCCUGCACCUCAAGCAUGUAUGCCAGCCUGGCCGGAACACCAUCCAGAUCACUGUCACCGCCUGCUGCUGUUCCCACCUCUUUGUGCUGCAGCUGGUACACCGGCCCUCUGUGCGCUCCGUGCUGCAGGGCCUCCUCAAGAAGCGCCUACUGCCCGCUGAGCACUGCAUCACGAAAAUCAAGCGGAAUUUCAGCAGUGUGGCUGCCUCCUCGGGCAACACAACUCUCAAUGGGGAGGAUGGCGUGGAGCAGACCGCCAUCAAGGUGUCUCUGAAGUGCCCCAUCACAUUCCGGCGCAUACAGCUGCCUGCUCGAGGCCACGAUUGCAAGCAUGUACAGUGCUUUGACCUGGAGUCAUACCUCCAACUGAAUUGUGAGCGAGGGACCUGGAGGUGUCCAGUGUGCAAUAAAACUGCUCUGCUCGAGGGUCUGGAAGUGGAUCAGUACAUGUGGGGGAUCCUGAACGCCAUCCAACACUCCGAGUUUGAAGAGGUCACCAUUGACCCCACGUGCAGCUGGCGGCCAGUACCCAUCAAGUCAGACCUCCACAUCAAGGAUGACCCCGAUGGCAUCCCCUCAAAGCGGUUCAAAACCAUGAGCCCCAGCCAGAUGAUCAUGCCCAAUGUCAUGGAGAUGAUCGCCGCUCUGGGCCCUGGCCCAUCUCCCUACCCCCUCCCACCUCCUCCUGGGGGCACCAGCUCCAACGACUACAGCAGCCAAGGAAACAACUACCAGGGUCAUGGUAACUUUGACUUCCCCCAUGGGAAUCCCGGAGGGACAUCCAUGAACGACUUCAUGCACGGUCCCCCCCAGCUCUCGCACCCACCGGACAUGCCCAACAACAUGGCCGCCCUCGAGAAACCCCUCAGUCACCCCAUGCAGGAAACUAUGCCCCACGCUGGCAGUUCUGACCAGCCCCAUCCCUCCAUACAACAAGGUUUGCACGUACCACACCCCAGCAGCCAGGCAGGGCCUCCAUUACAUCACAGUGGGGCUCCUCCUCCUUCCCAGCCUCCCCGGCAGCCACCACAGGCCGCUCCCGGCAACCAUCCACACAGCGACCUGACCUUUAACCCCUCCUCAGCCUUAGAGGGUCAGGCCGGAGCACAGGGAGCAUCCGACAUGCCGGAACCUUCACUGGAUCUACUGCCGGAACUCACAAACCCAGAUGAGCUUCUCUCCUACCUGGACCCCCCCGACCUCCCAAGCAAUAGCAACGAUGACCUCCUGUCUCUCUUUGAGAACAACUGAAGGCCACUCUCCACUGGGGCCAUCCCUCCCCACUCUGCCUCCUACCCCAGCUAUCCCACAUCCUUUUCCUCCCAGGAGCCCAUGCUCAGGCCUCCCACACCAGGACCUCAGGCUGAGAGCUGAGCAGAGCACACUAGGCAGGGAAAGCCAUGUGGGUCUCCAGUCCUGUUUGCCUGAAUGCUCCGGGAUCUGUGCCUAGAGCAAGCCUGAAGACGGCCCCUGGAAGACAAACCCAAGCUGAGGGAAUCCAGGCCCAGCAAGAGACAUGCCAAUGGCGACUGUAGGUCCCUCCAUGUGUGCUGACUCCAGACGACUGACCUUCCAGUGUCCCAAAGUUCUUCCAUGUUUUUAAACCUUAUCCCCGCCUCUUGGCCCAGAGCCUCCUUCAGAUGACUGGAACCCGAGAGAAGCCUGUGCUUCGGCCCCCAGGCCAGGGUAGUGGACAAGCCUUGGAGGAGUGGUGACAGUUUGCAGCAGUGAGGAAGGACACACACACACACACACACACACACACCACAGAAAAGCACAACCCUCUGGGGAGGAGACCAUCCCUCAGGGCCAGGGGUCGUGGCUUUGGCCUCUGACUUCUAAGCCAAGAUGCCCUGUAAACACUCUCUCAGUAGAACAAGGACAGAGUGCUGUGUCUGAGAGAGCAUGCCACACCUUGUAGGGACUGGCAGGAAACAGGUCAGGGCCUUCUCAGGAGCCAAAACAAUGCAGAGGAGGGCUCCUUCACUCAGACCAGGGCCAUGCCUUGCAGGGAGCAGAGAGCGAGCAUGUGCACCACACCAAAGGGGGCCCUCCGUUAGAGGCCAGGGGACAAUGCCAGCCAGAGCCCCACAGAAGCAGCCAGGGCCUUGCAGCUUUGCCCCAAGCCAAUCCCUGCUUUUAAAUGACCCGAAGCAAGGAGCUCUGAAGUCACAGAAGGAAAGGAACAUUGCAUCUGGACAGCAAGCAAGCCAUUUCCCCCGUGUUCUCUUUCCUUCCUCCUACCCAUACUUCCUUCUCUGAAACUGUUCCAUGGGACCCACUUCCCUCUGGGUUCUCCUUUCCCCAGACAGCUGUAGGGACACAUGGUAGGGAAGCAGCAUGGGCCCCCGGGGAAACGACUCCACAGCAGGGCCUUCAUGGAUCUCCAAGUCUCUCAGUCUGGUCCAGCAGGUUCUCUGCUCAAAGCUGCCUGUCUCCAGCGCAGACCUUUGCUGGGUGCACCAGAGCAUCUCAGCAGGCAGGUGUUUUGUGGCAUUUAUGGCCUGUCACUCCCUGUAUUUCUCCCUCCACCCAGAGCUCGCUCCACACUCCUGCUCACCCAGCAAGUGCAGCCUCUGGCCCUCCUCUGCUUUUUCACUCCAUCCAGCUUAGAGUCCCCUGCUGACUUGUCAUUCGCCUCCUUUGUGCCAGGCUGGUCUGUGUCCCCCUGAGCCUCAUGGCCUACGGUGAUGCCCGUGGUGAUGCCAGGUUGUCCACUCACAUGAGUCCCAUCUGUAAAUUCUUUGCUCCCUUCUCCUAUGCUGCCACCCAAGGCCCUCUCCUGCCUCCUGUCCACUGCCAGCGUCCUCAUUUGUCAUCGGUCAUUAGCCUCCCUCUGUGCUCCCUGGCACUCUUAAUAUAGAUUGAACCAGAAAGGUGACCCCUAGCUGUUGACUUAUUGUCACCCUAAAAAAAAAAAAAAAGGCACAAGGAAAGCUGCCACCUCCCCACCCCUGUUCUUCCUUUGUCCUGUUGUUAAGGUUUUUUCAAGCAGUGUGUUCAGUAUGCAAAUCAAUUAUUUUAAGAAUCGCUUUUGUAAAUAUCUUUGUGAAUAUUUUAGUAUUGUCUUUGAUAAUAUUCAACAUUUUCAUGACCUGGUUAUAGCCUUUGCUGGUGUUUUUAAAAUAUCUUGACUCAGUGACAAAACCCGAGUCCUUUUUUAAAAAAACAAAAACAAACAACAAAAACAAACAAAAAUCAACCAGGGCUAUUUGUACAGAUGAGAGAGGAGCAGAAGAGGCGGCUGUGCUCAAGUUGAGAGACCAGGCAACCCACUGUUGAGAACCACUCUCAGUCAGCUGGUAGGGACAACAUUACACCAGGUACCCCGUGGCUAUCCCUACCCAGUGUCUGUGUCCUGGCACAGAGCCGUGCUCUGUCGGACUGUACGGAUUGUUCAGCUUCAGACUGACAAAUGCCUUUCUCACAAGUUCCUGCUUCUUGCCGUGAUACUGUGCCCCAGAACAGCCUGGGGUCCCUGCUAGUUCCUGUCAAGGCAUGCCCAGGUUCUCCACAGCUUUCCAGUGCAAAAGGCCUAGACACUCCCUGUAGCCCAGCCUCUCUGGUCAUCUCUCGGUUCACACCUGAGGCUGAUUUCCUAAGGCUCCCCACCAGCAAGUUCACCUGAAGCCCACACUCCGGAAAUGUCUCCUUCCAAGAGAAAUGUUGGAGCCGAUCCAGGGUUUGAGAGAGCUACAAAGACAUUGGGGGCUGGAACCAUGCCUUGGUAGUGACAGACGCAGGUAAAGGUGACAUCCAUUAACAGAGGCAGGCCUAGGCUCUGGAAAGAUCCUCAGUCCUUUCUGACAACAACUUGGAGCCAUAGUAACCUCCGAAAUGAGGUCUCAGCAAGCCACUUUACCACAACGAGCAACCCACCCAUAGGCACGUACCAGCCGCCACUCAGCUAAGCGGCUGGACUGGGAGAGAGCAUGCGCAGAUGGGAAAGGCCCCCGCCCCCCCGCACAGGCGAUCACCCUCAUCUUCUUGGUUUGAAGCUUUAUUCAUGUCUCACGUAUCCUGUAGCCAUUUUAUUUUUUAAAAGAUUCCUAAUACUUUCUCCCUAACGGAAGCCCUAAAUCCCAGAGAGCUACAGGUCUGCUCCCCAUGGGCCCUCGGGCCUGACCAAUCCAGACAAGGCAGUGAGCAGCAGCGACUCAAGGGACGUAUGUACAUAUGUAAAUGAGAAAUAGACAUGUCAACAAGAUACAUUCAUUUCUCCCGGAAUGUGUAUUGUUUUUAUUUUACAAAACAGAAAAACAACAAAAGGCUUGGAACUCCUUCAUUCUACGUGGAAUACUAGAUCCCGUUUGUUAGCCUUCGUGACUCCGUCCUUGUCUCCUGUAAUAUACUGACCCUGUGUGCAGAGGCGUUUCUGUUCCCUUUUGUUUUUAUUUUUACCUACAUGUACUAUUUACCUUCUGUGUCCUGGCCCUGCCACCUGUGUAUUUUUAGGGUGCUAUGGAAACAAUGAAGAGAAACGGGGAUUUCAGAAGAAAAUUGUAACCAAAUUCAUAUACUUUGUAUAAGUUUUUGAUAUCAUGAUCACAGGUGAUUCACACGUACACACAUCCACACCCACACGUGCAGCCUGAAGUGACGUCCACAGAACCCGCCCUUGUCUUUGUACAUCGUAUGUACACUGCAAUCAUUUCAUACUUUUGACUGGUCAGAAAAAAAAAAAACUAAUUGUGAUUUCUAGUCUUGCAAAGCUGUAUGCAGUUAGAUGAUGUGACCUCUAAUAUUUAUCUAAUAAAUAUGUAUUCAGAUGAAACCUGUA